CAGACAGCUUGCUAGGAUUCAAUACGACUUCGUUUAGGUUCGUCACCAGCUGUGGAUAAUGGCUAUUCUCUGAUUUUGAUUCUAUUCACUAUUUUUUACUGGGAAUAUUAUCGGCAAACCAAACAGGGUUAAUAUUUCUUCUGGGGAUUUCUGAGAAAUUGGAAGAAAAUGUUCAGCUUUUCUAAGAGGCGCAUGAGACUUGGCAGAGUUAAGAAGGUACAGCUCUCGGAAUCUGUUCAAGGAUAUAAGAGUCCUUUACGAGUGACCAAACUGGCUGAUAACUCUAGUAAUGAAGCUGCAGUGGCUGCAACUAGUUAUUCUGAUGAAUUUGAUUUCCAGCCUUCAUCGGGGAAUUCUGAAAAUUGGAUGGUGUUAUCGGUUGGUGGGGAAAAACCCGCUCCACGCUUUAAUCAUGCGGCCGCGGCUAUUGGGAACAAAAUGAUAGUAGUUGGUGGAGAAUCUGGUAGUGGCUUGUUGGAUGAUGUACAGGUGCUUAACUUUGAUUCAUGUACAUGGUCCACCGCGUCUUCAAAAGUUUACUUAUCGCCGAGUAGUCUUCCUCUCAUGAUCCCUGCUUGGAAGGGCCAUUGCUUGGUCUCUUGGGGUAAAAAAGUGCUAUUGGUGGGUGGAAAAACAGAUCCUUCCAGUGAUAGAAUUUCAGUUUGGGCAUUUGAUACUGAUUCGGAAUGCUGGUCGCUUAUGGAUGCAAAAGGAGACUUACCGGUCAGUCGCAACGGUCACACAGUGGUGAGGGCCAGUUCGGUAUUGAUACUUUUCGGCGGUGAAGACUCUAAGAAGAGGAAACUAAACGAUCUUCAUAUGUUUGAUCUCAAAUCAUCCACAUGGCUUCCUCUUAAUUGCACAGGAACACGGCCGUGUGCAAGAUCGCAUCAUGUAGCCACGCUAUUCGACGACAAAAUUCUGUUUGUGUUUGGAGGUUCGGGCAAGAACAAAACACUAAAUGACUUAUACUCACUCGACUUUGAAACGAUGGUAUGGUCAAGAAUAAAGAUAAGAGGAUUUCACCCGUCCCCAAGAGCGGGUAGUUGUGGAGUUCUUUGCGGUACUAAAUGGUAUAUAACCGGAGGAGGAAGCAGAAAGAAGAGACAUGCGGAAACAUUGGUCUUCGAUAUCCUUAAGGUCGAGUGGUCUGUAGCAAACAUCUCCUCUCAGUCUUCGAUCACAUCCAACAAGGGAUUUAGUCUAGUUCUUCUACAACACAAGGAUAAAGAUUUCCUCGUAGCUUUUGGAGGAACAAAAAAAGAUCCUUCAAAUCAGGUCGCGGCUUUUAUCGUUGACAAGAACAAGAGUGAAUCGCCAACACAUCCUCAAACAACUUCCAAGAAAAACCCCGGCCGUUUACUGUUUGGAAAACGAUCUUCUUCCUCAGCAGUUUUAACCUCUGAUGAAUCGGUCAAAGCCUCUUCACAGAGGCUGAUUGAUUCAGUCGCCAGACAGAAACUUGCUUCGGCCAUUGAAGAGCAUGGUGGCUCUGGUAGAAGGUCUUUAUCAGAGAUUGCUUUCGGUGAUCAUCGUAACCCAUCUUCUGGAAAUGUCUCUUUGCGUAAACAGUUUAGCACUGAAGAGGAGUACAGAGCGGUAAUUGAACCCGCAAAGUGCUCAGAAGAACUUUCCGUGCCUCCGACCGCAGAUGACAAUAAUGGAGGAGGAGCAAAGAUUACAGGAGAGAAAACACUUUCUAUGGUUUCAGACCGUGAAGUCUUAAAUCUCCAGAAGCAAUGCUCUGAAACAUUUCCUUUAGAAAACGUGGAUGGCACCUUGAUAUUCCAGGAAAUGGAUAAUAUCAAUUUUGCAGGAUCAGCGUCAUCAUCGAGCGUGUACCAAUUCCAUGAGGCGAAAAUGACUGCUCUUAUAAGAAGAAAUGGGAUUCUAGAAGGGCAGUUAGAAGCAGCAUUGGCGGGAAGAGAGGCAGCUGAGAGGAAUGUGUCGGUUGCGUUGAGGAGCAAACAAGAGACUGAUAAAAAGCUAUCUGACGCCAUGAGAGAUGUUGAAUUGCUUAAGGAGAAGCUUACCGGGUUAGAGCUUGCUCAGGAGGAAGCUAAUAGUUUGUCAAACAUGGUUCACUCCGACAAUGUCAGGCUCGAGCAUGAUGUAGCGUUCCUAAAAGCUGUCCUAGACGAUACACAAAAGGAGUUGCAUUCAACAAGAGGAGUCCUUGCAGGAGAAAGAGCAAGAGCGUUCCAGUUGCAGGUUGAAGUGUUUCAUCUGAAGCAAAGAUUACAAUCUCUGGAGAACAGAGCUGCUACACCCAGAAAGCCUUUCCAUGUCUAAACACAGACCAGAGACAACACAAGGACUUUUGAGGCUUCCACAUUUUGUAAUACGACUGAAUCCAUGUCUAUGUUUUGUGGAUUAAUGUAAAAAAGAAGAAGAAUUCAGAUAUCUCAAAAAUCAAAUCAGAUUCCAAGU